AUGCUCAGGACCGUGGAGCCUCGAGAAGCGCGGGUGGAGUCGGGUGGCCGCGGUCCCUGGGCAGCGCCACCCUCGCAGUCCAAGCGGCUCACCUCCUUCCUCAUUCAGGACAUCCUGCGGGACCGCGCAGAGCGACGCGGGGGACACGCGAGCAGCCCACAGCAUCAGCGCCAACCAGACCCGAGAAGGGAACCUGCUCAGGAGCCUGAGGAAACAGGAGGUCGCGGCGUGGCUCUAGGGGACCCGCCAAAUAUCCGACCCAGCCCCGCGGAGACGCUAGCUGAACCUGAGACAGAUGGGCAUUUUGAGACCUAUCUGUUGGACUGUGAACACACUCCAGGCGACUUAUCAAGCAACCCCCAGGUCCCCAAGCAGCCUCAGAAGCGCUCCAGGGCUGCCUUUUCUCACACUCAGGUGAUCGAGCUGGAGAGAAAGUUCAGCCAUCAGAAGUAUCUGUCUGCCCCUGAAAGGGCUCACCUGGCCAAGAACCUCAAGCUCACCGAAACCCAAGUGAAAAUAUGGUUCCAGAACAGACGCUAUAAGACUAAACGAAAGCAGCUGUCCGAAGACCUGGGAGUCUUGGAGAAGACCUCGUCUUUGUCUUUGCCAGUGCUGAAAGAAGACAGCCUGUCUAGCGCCUCCUUGGUUUCCAUGUACACCAGCUACCCCUAUUACCCGUACCUUUAUUGUCUGGGCAGCUGGCGUCCAACUUUCUGGUAA